AUGGAAGAAGAGGAUGAUCUCGAUUGGGCAAAUGACAAGAAGAAGAACAAGAAGAAGAACAACAAGCUACCUGCUAUUCCUACUCCCACUGAAGAUAAUGACAACAAUGAAGGACGACUUUUGACCAAAAAGGAAAAGGAAAAGCUCAAGAAGGAAAAAGCAAAAGAAGCUAAACGACUUGCUGCGCUAGAAAAGAAGAAGAAACAAGCUGAAGAAGAUGCUGAAUUCGAAAAGCUCAUGGGUGAUCAAGCUUCUCCUGCUCCUGCUGCUGUUACAAACAAUAAUGAUGAUGAUGCUACGGCCGCCACUGGUACCAAAUCAAAGUCUCAACUCAAGAAGGAAAAACUCAAGAAGAAAUUGGAAAACAAGGCUGCCGCUGCUCCUGCUCCUGAACCUACUCCUGUGGAAAUUCCUGCUGCUGGUGGAAAAGGAAAAAAGAAAGGUGGUAACGUAGCUGCUCUUCGUAAAAUGUUGGAAGCUCAAAAAGCUGCUGAAGAAGAACAACGUCGAUUAGAAGAAGAGGAACGUCUUCGUGCUGAAGAAGAAGAACGACUUUUAGCUGAAGAAGAAGCACGAUUGGAAGAAGCCCGUAGAUUGAAGAAGGAAAAGGAAAAAGCUCGAAAGGAACAACUUCGUAAGGAAGGCAAAUUACUUACUAAAGCCCAAAAGGAAGCUCAACGUCGUGCUCAACUUCGUCAUCAACAACUGGUGGAAUCUGGUCAAGUCAAGGUGCUCGGUCUUGAAUCUCCUGAACCUGAACAGCAAAAAAAGAAGAUUGUUUACGGCAACAAGAAGAAGAAGGGUCCCUCCAAGGAAGAAUUAGAAAAGAAGAAGCAAGAAGAAGAGCGUCAACGCAAGGAAGAAGAAGAACGUCGACGUAAGGAAGAAGAAGCCAAGAAAGCUGCUGCUGAAGAAGAAUCUUCCGAAGAUGAUUGGGAAAAGGCUGCUUUGAGUAGUGAUGAAGAAGAAAAACCUGUGGAAUCCAAGGAAGAAGAAAACGUCAAGGAUGAUUGGGAAGAUGAAAGUGAAGAAGAAGAAGAACAACAAAAACCUGUGGAAACAAAGGCUCCUAUUCCUACCAAGGCUGCUCCUGCUGCUACCAAAAAAUCUGCUCCUACUAAAGCUGCUCCUACCAAGAAAUCUGCUCCUGCCAAGGUGGAAGAAUCCUCUGAUGAAGAAGAUGAAUCGGAAGACAGUGAUGAUGAUUCUGAAUACGAUAGUGAUGAUAGUGACGAAAGCUCUGAUGAAGAAUUGACUGCAGCUCAACGUUUGGCCUUACAGAAAAAGGAAGAAGCUGCUGCUCGCCGUGUUCAACGACAAAAGGAUGCUAUGGCUGCACGAUCAAAGGACGAUUUACGAUCACCUAUUUGUUGUAUUCUUGGUCACGUAGAUACAGGUAAAACCAAAUUAUUGGACAAGAUUCGACAAACCAAUGUUCAAGAAGGCGAAGCUGGUGGUAUUACUCAACAAAUUGGUGCUACUUAUUUCCCUGCUGAUGCGAUCGAAAAGAAAACAGCUGUUUUGGGUGCUAAACGUGUGGAAGAACUCAAAUUACCUGGUCUUUUGGUUAUUGAUACUCCUGGGCACGAAUCUUUCACCAACUUGCGUACUCGUGGUAGUUCCCUUUGUAACAUUGCUAUCUUGGUGGUUGACAUUAUGCACGGUUUGGAACCUCAAACGUUGGAAUCCAUUCGACUUUUACGUGAUCGUAAGACACCCUUUAUUGUAGCUUUGAACAAGAUUGAUCGUCUUUUCCAAUGGGAAGCCAUUCCUGAUAAUUCAUUUGAAGAUUCAUUGGCCAAGCAAAAGAAAUCCGUCCGUGAUGAAUUUGAAACACGUUUGACCCAGACCAUCGUUGCCUUUGCUGAACAAGGUUUGAAUGCUCAAGUCCAUUACAAGAACAAGAACUUUGCUAAAUAUGUAUCUUUGGUGCCCACAUCUGCUCACACUGGUGAAGGUAUUCCUGAUAUGCUCAAUCUUUUGGUGAACUUGACUCAAACUCGUAUGAGUGACAAGUUGAUGUAUAUUACUGAAUUGGAAUGUACUGUGUUGGAAGUCAAGGUGAUCGAAGGUCUUGGUACUACUAUUGAUGUGGUACUUGUGAAUGGUUGGUUACAUGAAGGUGAUAAAAUUGUGGUAUGUGGUCUCAAUGGUCCUAUUGUUACUCAAGUUCGUGCUCUACUGACACCUCAACCUCUACGAGAACUUCGGGUCAAAUCUCAAUACGUACAUCAUAAAUCCAUCAAGGCUGCCAUGGGUGUCAAGAUUUCUGCUCCUGAUUUGGAAAAGGCUAUUGCUGGGUCUCGUUUACUUGUUUGUGGUCCUGAUGAUGAUGAAGAAGAUUUGAAGGAAGAAGUGAUGUCUGAUUUGACCAACUUGAUGAGUACUAUUGAUCGUACAGGUCAUGGUGUGUGGGUACAAGCAUCCACUCUUGGUGCAUUGGAAGCUCUUUUGGAAUUCUUACGGACAUCCAAGAUCCCUGUGGCUGGUAUCAAUAUUGGUCCUGUGCACAAGAAGGAUGUGGUCAAGGCAUCAGUGAUGUUGGAAAAGGCACGUGAAUUUGCGGUGAUGCUCUGUUUUGAUGUCAAGGUGGAAAAGGAAGCUGAAGAUAUGGCGGAAGAAUUGGGUAUGAAGGUGUUCAAGGCUGAUAUCAUCUAUCACUUGUUUGAUCGAUUUGUGGAAUACAACGAAUCCAUGUUGGAACAAAAACGCAAAGAUCAAGCUCCCUCGGCAGUAUUCCCCUGUGUACUCAAAAUGGUACCUGGUGCUAUCUUUAACAAGAAGGAUCCUUUGAUUAUUGGUGUGGAUGUCAUCGAAGGUGCUUUACGGAUCGGUACGCCUGUAUGUGUGGCACGCACUAAUGCUGAAACCAAGGAACGUGAAAUCAUCACAUUGGGUAAGGUCACCUCCAUAGAACAAAAUCAUAAAUCUUUGGAAAUCGUCAAGAAGGGUCAAGCUGGUGGUGGUGUGGCUAUCAAGAUUGAAUGUGCUGUAUAUGAAACUCCAAAAACAUUUGGCCGUCAUUUAGAAGAAAAGGAUGAAAUUUAUUCAAAGAUCUCUCGUCAAUCUAUCGAUGUACUCAAGGAAUCUUUCCGAAAGGAUAUGACUAAAGAAGAUUGGGCUUUGGUGCUGAAACUCAAGAAGGUGUUGAAUGUAGAAUAA